CAGCAGAGAUCCUGGGAGUCCGUGUGUGAUUUUUACAACGAGGAGUUUAUAAUUUAUUGAUUCAUGGCGAUUAAAAGACAGCCAGACCGCAAUUUUUUUUCGAUUUUUAAGUCCCAAAAAUCGGCAAAUCAACUCCUGAAAUAUAAUUAAAACCUAUUUCGUCAUUUUUUUCAUCAUUAUUGAUAAUAUUUUCCAAAUUUCUUUGAUCUUCAUCAUCAAUUUGAUAAAAACAACUUGUGAUUUGAACAAUUUUUUCUUUCACAAUUAUUAUCACCCACCUAUCACCAGUUAUCAUCAACGGCAUAGUCGUCAUCGUUAUUCAUCACCCUUCUUAAUAUAAAAAACAAUAGCCAACAAAUGAAUGAACAAUAAACAAACGAACGAACGGACGAACGGUCGAACGAACAGAAGAGCAAACAAACGUCACGGAGAAGCACAUGAGGGUAAUAAAUCAUACAGCGGCACACUUUUCCAUUCAUUCCACAUGAGAGAAAAACUCUCGCAAGAUGUCAGAAGUGACUGCGAAAUCUGUUUUGUUACCUGUUAAUUAUAUGAAAGUUGAUACGCAAAAAUAGAGAAUUAGUGUAUCGAACUUGCCUUUUUCUUUAGGUAUUUACGGAUAUGCCGUUUGGUAUAAUUGUAUUCUUGUUUGUGUAUAAUUUGUAUAGAAUAGCAUAGAUUUCCAACAA